AUGGGGGCUAGGGGUCGGCGUGGUCCGGAGGUUGGCGAGCGGGGGCUGGGGGCCGGAGGUCGGCAGCAGGCAGGGCUUGCCCUGUCAGGGCUGGUGGGGCCCUACCUAACAAGGCUAGAGGCAGAGCCAGGGGGGCCCCACGGCAAAGAGAGGUUGCCAUCUUUGCCUCUACAACCAAUUCAAGUGGAAAAACCCUUCAUGCACUGGGAUAUUGAUUUUAUAGGACCUAUAAGUCCACCUUCAAGUGCAGGCCACAGCUGGAUACUUACUACUAUGGAUUACUUUACAAGAUGGACUAAAGCAGUGGCUUUGAGAGAAGCCAAUGAGUCUGUUGUUUUGAAUUUUUAUGAUGACAUAGUAACCAGGUUUCAAGUACCUAAUUCAAUCAUUUCAGAUAACGCUUUAGCAUUUGUUAGAUUAAGAGUAAGUGAUUGGGCUAUCAGGAAUGACAUUUAUCUGAAUACUUCAUCAAAUUAUUACCCACAGGAUAGGAUAACUCCCAAAAGUUCCAUUGGGAAUUCUCCAUAUGUACUGGUUUAUGGAAAAGAGGCAAGAUUGCCUUUAUUUGUGGAGCUUCCAACUCUUGACAUUAUGCACCAACUAGAAAUGUUUGAAGAACAUGACCCAGUGGCAGUCAGGUAUGCUCAGCUUAUGAAGCUAAAAGAGCUAAUAGAUAAGGCAAUGAAGUCCAUGGAGUAUAAUCAACUCCAAACAAGGAAAUUCUUUGAUGAAAAAGCAACACCUAGAGUAUUCAGAGAGGGUGACAUUGUGCUGAUAUGGGAUGUAUUGAAGAGCAGGCCAGGACAACAUACAAAGUUUGACAAGUGGAGUGGCCCAUUUAUUAUCACUGAAUAA